AAUCAAAAAUUGUAAUUUAGGAUUGCAUGAAAAUGAAUGUUGAAGUGGUUGGAAGAAUCCGGAAACCCAUCAGAGCCGAGGGACCAGAGUCUUUGGUGGUGGAAGGUCAAAGGAUUGCUGCCAAAUCUGGUGGUCCAUUUCUUAAUCUAGCCAAUCUUCACAGAAAAGAUGCUACAAACUAUGAUGUAUACAAACACUCAGUGGACGACCUGCUUGAUCUACACAUGGCAGGAUUUAAUGUGUGCUUACUUGUUAUGGGGGAGAGUGAGUCUGGAAAAACCUUUUCUAUACAAGGGGAGAGCACUCAGAAAGCAGGACUAGUUCCACUGAUUCUGGACUAUCUGUUUAGUAAACUUACUGGAGAACAGUACAUGACUGAUACUAAAGUAAGAAGAAUGAACCCUCGAGUAUCAAUGUCUAUGGUUGAGGUGUACAAUGAAUUAGUGAAGGAUCUGCUACAAGUCCCAGGAAGUGGUGGGGCUUACUUAGAUAUUCAAGAGACUGCAGAUAAAGGAGUGCAUGCCAAGAACUGCAGCGUUGCUGUGCUGAGAGAUGCCUCUGAUGGUCAUUCUCAGUUCCGACAAGGGAUGGCACGAAGAACGGAAGCAGCGACUGAUUUUGGUCCAGCUUCCCAGCAUGCUGCUACCAUCAUCCAUAUUGACCUAGAAAUGUUGGUGGGAGAUAAUCCUAAACCGAACCAUUCUCGCUUCACGGUCGUUGAGCUGCCGGGGUUGGAGAAGCUGAGUGAGGAUGCAGCUCAGCUGAGACAGAGGGAGGGACCAACACUCAGCAAGGCUCUCAAUGGUCUCAAUUCUCUGGUCAUCUCAUUGGCCAGCAACCCUUACGCAGACCGAGUCAUAAGCUAUAGUGAUUCAAAGUUAACUCAGUUGCUGAGGGAGGAGUUGGGAGGGAACUGUAAGACAAGAGCUCUACUGAACAUCAAACCCCAGGCUGACCCCAGUACAUUUAACGCUGUUCUACAGUUUACAAUACGCCUCUCCCAAGUGAAGAACUACCCCAUCAUUAAUGACUCCUAUGCUCAGGAGUUGAUCACCCAGUACAGAGCCAGGAUUAUUGACCUAAAGCAGCAGGCAGGUGUAGGUCCAGCACCAAUGGCGCAGAUCAGUAAUCUUAACGAUGUCAAGGAAACCAUAAGGCAACUGGAGGUUGAAAAUCUGAGACUGAAAGACGACAAUGAGAGACUGAAGACUCGACUGGAUGGAAUGCAGAAUAAAUUUGGGAGCAUGGCUCACACCAAGACUGACCUGUCUCAACAGUUACUGAUGACAGAGGAAGAGAAGCUAAAGGUGUCACAGUCUUUGGUGGAGAUGCAGAUCGAAAACAACAAAAUCAGAGAGGAUGCUGAGGCCACAAAGUUUGAACUGACCAAUAAGAUUUUAAUGCUGGAGAAUAAUUUGUUGGAGGCAGAUAAUGAGAGAGAUAAACAUCAAAAAGCUGCCAGGAAUGCCAGAGAAAGGUUGAUAGAAAUGGAGAAGGACAGAAAAGACUUGGCUGACGAAUAUGUCGUCCUCAAAACUAACUAUCUGGCUCUUGUCAGAGAACAUGAAAAAGAGACCAAGAGGAAUGAUGAACUAAGUAUUGAGUUGCUCAACUUAGUGAAUGCCAAGGCUGCCUUGAUGAAGCAGAUCCAUGCCUUGUCAGACUCUGACCCAGGAAUAGGUGACCCAGAGGCAGAGGUCAGCAGGGUCAAGGCCAUUGUCAUCAAGAACUCGUCUGGCAAAGUCAAGGCUGAUGAGAUUCUGGGAACACAGACAGACAGAUCACAAGUGGAGAACACUCUGUUUAAUAAUAAGAGACGAUAUGAGAGAGACAUGGAAAGACUGAAGAAAGAGCAUGGGGAUGACAGAGUGAGAUUGGAAGCCAAAUUAAAUUCUGUCCAGAAAGAGUUGCAGGAAUCUCGUAAUUUGGCAAGAGAGCGACAACGUCGAUUGGCUGAACUGAAUGCAGCUUUGAUUGUGGCUCGUGGGGAGAAGGAGCAGUUAGAACUGCAGCUCAACAGACUCCAGCACAAGGUCAAGGACCUCGGCGAGGACUAUAGAGGGCGCCUCAUCAAAUACGUGGAGGAUAUAGCUGAAUUUGUGGAUAAGAACAAUGCAGGACCUGAUGGUCGCAGUUCAGGUAGAAUGAGGGAUUAUGUAGAAAAUAUGCACAAGGACAUUUCUCGAUCACACAAGGAGCGAGAGGAACAGUUAAGUUUGGCCGCUCAGCAGUAUCGAGAGAGCAAGCGGAGUCUGCUGCAUAAAUACGAAGAGCUGCUUAUACAUUACAGGAACCUGCGACUCCAGUGUGAAGAGAGAGGAUUGGACGACAUUGACAUGGGACCUGAUGAGACAGAGCUGAAACUGUCGGACUCAGAAAUCAACUCCUCCAACCUCCGAGAAAUCACCCGCCUCAAAGGAGAGGUCAACAAACUCAAACAGACCGUACAGAACUACAAAAACAAGUAUGGACUUUCAGAUGAUGAAGAUGUAAUGAUGAGACCUGGAGAAAAGCCUGCGGAGACCUGGGCCACGUUACGCAAACAGUUACGAGAGUACACACUAAAUACACAAAAGGAUCUGGAGGAAGAGAGGGCCAAACUAAUGAGUGAAAACAUAGUACUGAAAGAACAGCUUAAGGAAAGUCAGGACUACAUAGAUCACCAUCUUGUCAGAUAUAAACAAGAGAUUGUAAAAUUAAGGAAAAUGCUUGGGUACGAUACAGAUAGUUCACCAGUGCCAGGGGUUCAUGCCUACAGGAAGGGCAGGAGAAAGUAGGCUGCAGGAUUUAGACUCACUGUAGGACAAAGGGUAGCCAAAGGAGCAGGAUAUCACAGCCUAGUGUAGACUACGUACUACAGUAGCCAAUGAUACAAGUCUUGCCUACAACCAAUUGUAGAUAACAGCAGUGCCUAACGAACUAUACCAGUGAACAAAUAGUGCUUAAUAACUGUUCAUUGCUUCCAACAACUGUGAUAUUAUCUCUGUGAUAUGUUUAUUCUUACUGCUGUAGAAGUAAUAUUGCUGCACAUUAUUUAUUUUACGAGAUAUUAUAGUGAAUGUAGACAUGCACUCUCUUUCAAACAUAAUGUAAACUUAUCUGUUUAAGACAAUUGCAAUUCAAAAUGUGCAUUGUUUCAUCUUUUUGACUUACUGAAAACUUACAAAUUUUGCCCAUCAACACAUGAGUUAAUGAAUACUAGUAUGCAAUGAUAGCAAUAUGAAAUAUUACGGAAAAAUUAUUUUUUAGCACAUCUCUAUGUGUACGAUGCAAUAUUUUUGUACUAAUGCAUAAUAAAUGCCAUCAGCUGUAAA